GUUCACAGCAUAAGGAAGAGCUGUGUGUUUGAAACGAGACAUUAUCAGACAUAACACUGACGUGGAAAUAUCGGUCUUCAUAUAAAUAUUUGAGCAUUCAAUUUUGUGUCAAGCAGGUUGUAAAACAUUAAAGUUGGUAUCUUCCACUCAAACAACAAGCUUCUUGCUGCUACUGAGAGCAACUCUGACUUUGGACUCUGAAAGAAGAAACUAGUCCAGAAACGGAAGAAAGAUGUCUGUAAAUGUUUCAGAGAGUGAAUGGAAAACAGCCCUGACCUCCAUCCUGGAAGAGCUGGAUGACCAGGAAUACACGAAGAUGCUGGGUUGUUCCUGUUUUGACACAAUCCCCAAACGUACGAAGACGAGCAAGUCCAGAGAGGAGAUGCCUCAAAUAAUCAUCCAGUUCUUAGGAGUAGAUGGGUCCAUCUCUGCAAUCAAUGAAGCAAUGCUGUUCAUUCCAAGGAGGGACCCUGCAGUCCAGAACAAGCUGCGUCCCUUUGUGAACAAACUGAGCAUCAAACAGAAAGAAGAGACCAAAGAGAGUGAAUGGAAAACAGCCCUGACCUCCAUCCUGGAGCAGCUGGAUGAGCAGGAAUACAACAAGAUGCUGUUUUGUUCCUGUUUUGACACAAUCCCCAAACGUAUGAAGACGAGCAAGUUCAGAGAGGAGAUGCCUCAAAUAAUCAUCCAGUUCUUAGGAGUAGAUGGGUCCAUCUCUGCAAUCAAGGAAGCAAUGCUGUUCAUUCCAAGGAGGGACCCUGCAGUCCAGAACAAGCUGCGUCCCUUUGUGAACAAACUGAGCAUCAAACAGGAAGAAGAGACCAAAGGGAAGAAGAGGAAACAAGAAAGUGAUCAGAACUCAGCGGACAAGGAGCCAGAGACCGAAGCCAGUCCACGGAGGGAAAACCUACAGAGGAAUCUACCAGCAGGGGGCAGCGUUUCAGCAGAGGAGACGCUGCGGUCGGUUCGGGCAGAGUUUAUUGACAGAGUGUCUAAAUCUAAUCUAGAUCAGCUUCUGGAUAAACUUCAUCACUUUGGUGUUAUAAAUGAUGGUGAAAUGGAGUCAAUCAGAACAGGAACGCGAGCAGACAAAGCUCGGGAAGUGAUUGACACGGUGCGAGGAAAGGGAAAUGAACCCAGCUCACAGUUUAUCACUAUCCUCUGUGAGCUGGAUCCAAACCUUUCCAGACUGCUCAAAUUAAGAGAUGAUUAACUUGUAUAACAGUUAUUAACUGUCACCUUUAAAUACAUUUUGAUGUUUCAGGUAGGGAUGCACCAAUCUGAUAUUAAUAUUGGAUAUUUCACUGAUAUUUACUAAAUAGCUAGAUCAGGUAUUGGAUAAUAGGGCUGAUCUAUUCAUUUCAAUUCUGUGUUUGCUACACACGCUCUAUCAUGUGUCAGCAGCGUGCUGGUAGACUCACAACAAACACACAGAACAGACAACUGGCAGCCCACGAGUCAAUUUCUAAAUACCAGUAAAUAGUUAAAAUGGUGUGGGAGCCAGUAGACAUGGCUGUGUUCGAAACCGCAUACUACACACUAAACGACCAGAUAGUAAGCAGACCAUUUACACUGUAGUAAACUAACCGAUAACCCACAAUGCAUUUCGUUCCUACCCGAGCUGAAAUCAGCAGGCAGAAGCUGAUUUCAUUUUAGCUCUAACUCUGUAAAUAUACCACUUUAUCGACAUUUAUAACCUUUUUAGGCGGGAAAGUAAAGUAGCCCUUUAGAUCCACAAUGUGACGCUAAUUUGUCCAAAUAACACCUGUUUAAAGUUUUGUUCCUGCGAAUUCGGAGCCACUCAAGUUAACCGUAGCGAAUAACGCACUUCCGGUCAUUUUCACAAAAUAAAACACACGUUACCUUUUAUUAUUAAGAAAACCAUAACGAUAGAAUUGGUGCUUUUAUUUUGAAAACAGGAAGCGAACAUACCCUCGCUGUAGCUAACUUGAAACCACCGAGGUGUUGAUCUGUGACGUUUGUAUUUUGGGUUUUUUCAGAAGUUACGUUGCAUCUUGGGUAAUGUGAGUGUGAGUAGUCAGCUCUUGAUGCAUACUCCACAUUUCUGCUGAAUCUAGUAAACCAUCCUUCUCACAUACUCUAAAUCUCAUACUACGCAGUUGAAACACACUACAUACUUCAAAUGACGUCAGAGUUAGUACGAGUAGUAGGAAAAUAUGCGGUUUCGAACAGACCCUGUCUCUGAAGCACAGAGGUUCAGCUCCGCCCCGCUGAGACAGAGGAGAGUUAGCAGCUAACGUUAGCCUCGGCUGCUGUUUGCUGUCAUUUAUGUUCACGCUGCUCUCAGAGAGUUUGUUUCAAUGCAGGAAUACUACUACUUUAUUCCUCCUCUGUUCUGUAUAAAAGGUCUGGACACUGAAUGGAGGACAGAGCUGCUCCGCCACAAUAACCGGCUAUAAGCUGUGGUUGAUAGCUAGAGAGUGAACGUAGAGAGGGAGCGCUGACAGUAAGAAAGCCGGUGAAUCCGAUCAAUAACUCAUCAGCGGCUGAUACCAAAGCCCAGGUAUCAGUUUCAGUAUCGGACUGAAAAAGUCGGAUUGGUGCAUUCCUUGUUUAAGUGAUUGUCUUUAAUUUGCUUACUUCUCAGUUGUUACCAAGACCGGCUUCUUUUUUAGUGAAACUCACUUUCUGUUUCUCAUUGUGGUCGAGUUGUAAGUCCU